UUUCGCGGGAAUUAUGGGUGAUUCUUGACCUCAUUUGACCUAGUUGUAGGAAUUUCACAACAGGUGGCAGCAGUUUCGAUUUGUUUACACAUGGCGACUGUGUAUUGAUUCUUAAGUAUUUGCAACAGAAUAAGAUAUAAUUUGCCCAGAGCAGAAUGACUCACAGAGGAACAUUACCAGCUUUACGAGCACCAUAUGACACAUCAGAGGAACCAGAAUAUGCAAAUAAUCGUUUCCGAAGAAGUCCCCAAAGCCAAGAGCAAAAUCAGAUAGUUUCUUUUCAACAGAAUAAUGGUGGUCAAACUCAACGGGACUAUCACAGUCGUGGUCCAUCAAGGUUGGACCUUUUGGAAGAGAGAUUAGGUCAGCAAGAGAGAAAUACAGCAACAGUUAUGGAUAGAGCUUUUAAAAUCAAGGAAGAUGUGAUUGACAGUUUGAAUUUCACACAUGGAACUUGGCAAGAUGAGAAACAUGCAAGAUCUAUGUUACAAGAACAUAUACGUACAAUUACUGCUAUAGUUAAUAAACUAAACAAUGAUAUAGCAUCACUUGAUGAUCAGUUAAGAGUAAGAGAUAAUGCAGCAGUCGGCACAAAUUCUGCAGUAAAGAACCUGGAAGUUCAUCAUGUGGCAUCUUUAACAGAUUUACGUGGAAGGAUUGUCAGAUGUGACACAUCAAUUUCUAAACUUUCUUCAGAACUACGCAACUGCACAGAUUCUUUAAAGCAAAUAGGUGGCACACAACAGGAUAAUCAAAACAGAUUAUUGGAUAGAAUACAUAACUUAGAAUCAAAGAUUGUACAAGUAAACAACUUGUUAGAUCGUAACACAAGUGAGCAGAAGAUGAAGUUACAGCAUCUGGAGGGGGACACUGGUCAGCAGAUGUCCAUAUUAGACAGUAAGACACGAAGUGUAACAGAUGAUAUGAAGAAUAUGAUAAACCAGUUUCAAGCCCACCAGGAAGGAGAGAGGGAAAAAUUGGAAUCUCGACUGUUUGGACAUAUUGAGAAAAUGUCAGCAGCUAAAGACACAUUAAUUGAAAAAUUGGAGAGAAAAAUGGAUGAGAAUCACUAUGUGACAGAUGCUAGACUACAGAAAGUUGAAGAAGCUAUCAUGGAAGAAAGAGCAAGAAUUAGUGAAUUACAACAUGAUAUUGAAAAUAAGUUGAUGGCUAAAUUGGACUUCAGUAUACGUAAUCAACAAGAAGAAUUUUCAAAAUUAAAACGUGAAGUUCGUGAAGGGUUUGCUACAGUGCAUGAGAGUAUAAGUAAUAUGAAAACAGUUAUGGAAGGAAAAAGAAAAAUACUGGAGGAUCAGCUUCGUAAAGAAAUAAGUCAGAUCAGAAAAAUGGUGGUUUUGGUUUAAGCCUCAUCAAAGAUCAUAGUAUCACUGUUUGAAGCACUCUCUACACAAACCUAUCAACAGCCCUGUCCCUGUUUGUUCAUAUAUUUACAAAUGACUUGUCCAGCUUCAUUUGAAUUUAUUGAAGGAGCAAAUUAUAUGCUCUAGAACAAAUAAAAUUAGGUCAUAAGUCUAAUAGAUUUCCACUUCUCAUCUAGUAUUUUUACAUCUGUCUUUUUUUGUUGAUUUCUGUGAAGCAUAUAUUUUAGAAAAAAGUUAAACAGCGAUAGUUCAACACAACCAUUAACAUUAUGAAUCAUCAAUUAAUGACAUUUGAAUCUCAUUGUCUACCUUACAUUCUAAUUACCGGUAUCAUUAUACUUUGCUGAGUUUCACCUGAUUACAUUUCAAGGUCAAAUUUACUUUAUGCAUUACAGUAAACUUUAAAAAUAAAUUUUUGUUUUUUAUAUAUUUUUUAACCACUUUAAUACAUUGUUUUUAAAAAACGGUUCUUACCCAUUUGGAUCAGUAUAUCACACACCAGUUUGUCUUCAGAUUUAAACUGAGUGUGUUAGUAUUGUAGCAUCUAUUGGGCUUCCAUAGCUAGCACACAAGUCACAGAGAGGGUCACAACAGGAGAUUUUACAGUUGUAUGACUUGGAUUUAAAAAACAGCCAUAUUCAUAUAUUGUUAGUCAGAGAUUACUCUGACAUCUGGGAAAACAGCCGUUGGACGUCAGAAUAACCUCGUAGUUGACAGCAAAAUCAUUACCCAUUCCUAUAUGAUCGAUUUGUUACAUGAUAAGUGCAAAAGGUUCGAUAUGCGACCUUUUUUUUAACUAUUAGUCUAGUGGGUAAAGAUUAUUUAUUGUAACAGUGUAAUAAAAUUUGAUUAAUAACAAAACUUGUGUCAAUAAGUUUCAGCAGAUGUAGCAAUUUAUAUGACAAAGAAAUUGGGAAAUUGGGUGAGGAUUGUUGCACAACAAACUGAUUUUUUUUUUGACCCAUUGAUAUUUUUCCUUGGUUAAAUUACACACUAUUAUUAUAUAUUAUAUAUUUGAUAAAUAUAAAAAGGGACCAAUUCCAACAGCACAUAUGUAUAUACCUUCAUAUAGACGCCCUGUGACACAAAUCCAGAUCUAUGUAAUUUUAUACGACAUGAGGGUGGGCUUUUAGCUACCUUGACUUCUUAUCAGGGUCUUGCACUGUCAUCUAUCAUAUGAGUAUUACUAAAUCUCUCUGCCUUGUUUGUAUUAGUUUUAAUAUUAUCGUAUGUAUUGUUUUUUGUACAGUUAUGUUUAACUCACUAUUUUUGCAUAUUUAUUGUUGUCUUUUAUGACAUAUAUUAUGAUUUGAUGAAACGGAUUUUAAUACUUAUAUAUAUCAGAAGAAGUAGUUUUUAUACAUCUACCUUGUCUCAAUAUAUAAAAUAAUCUCAUAAUAUAUAAUCUCAUGAAUUUGUUUCUAUAAAUAUAUUUAUUUGUUAUUUAAUGAAUGGCUGUGUUUAAACCUAUUUGUUAUGUGCCAAAUGUUAGUUGUGGACAAGUGAUCAGGUUGCUGUUACAAGAAUGUAAUAACUUGUAUGUCAUGUAUGAUCAUUGUAAAUAUAAUAGGGUAAUACUUUUAUAUAAUGUGGAUUCAAUAAUUAUCCUUGGAUACCAUUUUUCGUGGAUUUUGUGGAUAUAUGAUAACCAUUAAAUUUUUUUUUUUAAAUUGUGAUAUGACUCUUGGUUUGAUAGCUUCCCUGUGAGCAGCAACCCUCUAUCAAGAAAAUCAUGAUAGGAAAUGCAAGCAAGGGAAUAUUGUAUCAAUUGGGGGAUAUAUACCCCAUAUGCAGGUGCUGCUGGAAUGUUGCUACUUAGAAAUGGAAAGUUCACAAUUGGAAAGCUGAAAUCAUCUCUUUUUUCGUAAAGUUUUGUUUUCAACUGACUCUCAUUUUCAAUAUCUAAAUGUAAGUCAAAAUAUGGGGGCGACUUAACUGUAUCUGUUGUAUCCUUUAAACGUCCCAAAACGAAUUAAAAUUUAUGUUCAUGCACUUGCAUAUAGUAAAUUUUUAUCUGCUGCAGCUAAUAUGUGAUAAAAUAUAAUCUGAAUUUAUAAACAAUUUAGGAUUUUUCUACUCAAUUUGUUACUAUUGUCAGACAAACGCUUUUGAAAAUUAUUUAGAAUAAUAUUGAACGACUUUGGAUUUCCCAAUUUACUUUUUUAAGUUUUCUUUAAACCCCCAAAAAAUAAGAUGAAAGAACAGAAUAGCUUUCAUAUAGUCAAAUGUUUUAUCUAUAAUGAUGUCUAAAGUGGAAGUCUAUUUUUUUCUUAUUACAAGUGCUUAAAUACUACUGAAAAAAUUCACUUAUGAUCAUGCAAGGAACAAGUGAAAAGCUUGUAUAACUUGAAAUAGUAAAACUUUUGUGAUAGAUAUUAUUAUGACAUGUUUGUCUCAGAAAUAAUAAAGAGUUUAUGUCUUCCAUUGUUUUGUUUUUAAUACUUGUGUUAAUAUCAUUAAUUUAUGAAAGCAUUAUAAAAUUCAGGUGAAAAACAAUAAUCUUUGUAUAUUUUCUGAAUAAGUGUGCAGUUGUACUGCAAAACACAUACCAAAAAUAUGAAAAGUUACAUAUUUAAGGCAAAAGAGAUUAUAACUGUAUUUUGUUUUUAAGAAAUGACUACAACUAAAGUACACAUUUCAAAAAAGUGUUUAUGGCAAUUGCAUAAAUUUACCAAAAAUCAGAUUUAAUUGUUUAUUGCUGAAUUGUGCACAGGUGAAUUCAAAUUUCAGGCUUUUCGAUUUGGUUAUGCCUAUAAACAUGAUGAAUAACUGCCUUCAAACGGAAUAGCAUCAUUAAUAAAAUUUGCACAAACCAUUUUUACAGCUUCUAAUAUCUUCAUGAUUAUAAGCGCUAUGUCAAUAGAGUAAAAUUGCUGUAAUGAUCAGCACAACAAGAUGUUUCUGCAUUAAAAAAAAUUAAAAUCCAUCAACCUGUUUUCUCAUUUUGUAUUUUUUUCCCAAUUUUUCCAUUUUUUGCAGUUAUGGGCUUUUUUUGUGAAAAUUGUAGAACCUGAUCAUGAUGAUGAUCACUAUAUAUAUACUCUGAAAUUUGACAAACUGAUUUUAACUUGAAAUAAUAUCUUUUAAUGUGUUUUUUUUUCCAGUUUUGGUGGUUAUUUUUUGUCAAAAACGAAAGUUGUCGCAUCCGUGUUCAUCCUUAACCUUUAUAUAUGUUAUGCAUUAUCACCAAAUACAACUUACAUUUCAAAAUUGUGAAUGAACACAAAUGCGUCUUUCAUUUGAGAGGGAAACUGUCUAAAAUUUUACUAAAAUGCUAAGAAUUCAGUUAGUACCCGAUAUAUAUGUAUUGUAUUGUCAAAAAAAGCCCAUAUUUAAUAUAUAGCAGAAGCAUUCUUCUUUCCAACAAAUAACUAAAAGUUAACAUUUUAACAAUUUUGUAAAACUGCUUUAUUUUGGGGCUAAAAAAAAAAUGAAUCUACUUCUUUCAUUGUUUUUAAUUUAUCACACACAGAUAGUCAUUCAGCUUUGUUGGUUCUUAAAAAAAAACUGAAAAUAAAUGGUUUUUAUUUGUAUGAUCAGACAUCCCCAUUAAUAAAUAUAUAUAAGAGAAGGUAUGCAUUGCUCAUUGUUUUUCAAAUUCAUUUUAUGUAGUAGAUUUUAUGUCCAAAAUCAAAACAAUUGAUAAAAUGUUACAAGCGCAUUAAUGCUAUAUUGGUUUAAUAAAGAACAUGAAGAAAUCGUAA